AUGAGGCAAGGACGAGACAGCCGAUAUCGUCGAGGUGAUGACAUAUCGGACUUUCCAAUCGAAGAGGCACGGCUUGCGGGGAUCUACAUGCUAGUUGCUCUAAGCUCAGUUACCACCGCAGGCUAUGGAGUGAGUCUCAUGCAAGAAUCGCACAUUGCCGUUCCUUUGGUGAUGCAAUUCAUCGGCGGUGCCACCACUUCGAGUAUAUUCACAGUCAGUGCAAAUUUCCGAGUCAACUACCACGUUUCACAGUUCUUAACUCAUCGCCUUCAGGUUUGCGGCACCCUUCUGACGGACUUGAACCCCAAAGCAUCAGCAACAGUCCAGGCGUCGUACAAUCUUGUACGGUGCAUUGGAGCGGGCGCUGCCAUCGCGGCUCAGCAACCCUUGACAAACGCCACGGGCUUGGGCUGGAGCUUUGGCAUAUUUUCACUAAUUAUGUUGUUCGCAGCCCCGUUGGCCAUGUUGCUCAGGAAAAAGGGUCUGAGAUGGAGGGUAUCCCCGAAAACCUGA